GUAUAGAGAUAAAGUGAACAUUUGUAGAUAUAAUAUUAUUUGUAAAAAAUAGAUAUUUAAAAGUUAAAAUAUAUUACAAAAAUAGUAUUCAAACAAAAAAAAAAUGGAUAAUUUCACUUCUGCAAUAAACACGACGGCCUCUAUUUUGAAUGAAACGACGUCACGUGGACCAACACCAUUACCAGCGACACCUCCGCCAUUAGGUUACUAUGGUGAAACAAGAGAAAUGCUUUGGAAGGUGAUCUCACCAAUUAUCAUGGUCUGGGGUACAGUUGGAAACAUUUUGAUAUUCAUUGUGCUUCUGCGACAAAAGAAUAAAAUAUCGUCGACAGCCUUGUAUCUGAUGGCUCUAGCUGUUUCGGACACGAUCGUCCUGUACACUGGACCAUUACGCCAAUGGAUGAAACAGACCUGGAAUUAUGAUAUCAGGUGGCAAACAGACGCCGGCUGUAAAUUUCAAGUUUACCUUACGUAUGCUAGUUUGCAUUGUUCCUCGUGGCUGCUAGUCGCGGUAACCCUAGAACGCGCAGUGAGCGUUGUUUUCCCUCACAAGGUAAGAAUUGUGAGUACGAAGAGAACAGCAAUGAUUGCAAUUUUCGCAAUAUUUAUGUUUACCUACGGCUUGAAUAUUUUCCAUCUUGUUAUAAUGGGACUUAAGGGUUACCGGACACUCCAACCGUGUGCGCCUAAAACGAAAGAGUAUCUGGAAUUUCGGGACGACAUUUAUGUAUGGAUCGACUUUUGCGUGGCAUUUGCUGCACCGUUCAUUCUCUUGCUCAUUGGAAACAUUUCUAUAAUUGUUUACUUGCAAAAAUCAAGAGCUAAACAAAAAACAAUGGCCGCCGCACGUGGACAAACUGGCGCGUCUUCUGCACGUGAUACAAGAUCUGUGUCAGUACUUAUGGUUGCUCUCUGUGUGAUUUUCUGCCUUACCGUGACCCCGGCAAGUUUAUUCAAUGCCAUAUUGCCUUACAAAGCCGAAGAAAUAAAUGAACUUUUUAAAACUGAUCCUUACAAAGCAUGGGAUGACUACCAGUUUCUUUCGUUUCAGCACGCGAUUGUUAAUCUUGUAAGCUACACCAAUGCGUCAUUUAAUUUCAUUCUGUACGUCUUCAGCGGAAGCAAAUUCCGCAAGGAACUCAAGGCAAUGGUUGGCUGCCAGGAGGCAGGUACCUCUGGAGUUUUCGGCUCUAAAUCAAAAUCUCCAAGUAAUGGUAAGACAACAACAACAUCAGUUAGCGCCACCAAAGAAUCGCAAUAUCAGUAUGUCGCUAAGUCACAACCUACAGACACCACAUCGGUUAGCGCCAUUAAACAAUCGCAAUAUCAAUCUACUGACACUAAAUCCAAAAAUGACAACGUUGUUCACACGGAAAACAGCGCUAUAAACCACUUUGAUUCUGUUGUUGAAAAUGAUGGACAAGCUAUAGAUUAAGACUUGUGCGAAUGGGAUAAAUUUUGGCGUUUGAUAACGAAGAAAAACUAAAUUAUUUACGAAUAAACAAAUAAUGACAAAAAUAUUUCAACUUUACAGUGGGCCACAAUGUGUAACUGCAAUGUCUUCGUCUGAUCAAGCCAUCAGCGGAAAUGAGUUUAAUUCAGCCUCGGAAAAAUAUUCUUCAGUAGUGUUAUUUCAUUUUCGAAACUGGAAACAUUCAACUAUUGACAUGCAAAAAAGGCCUUAAAUGUCGUAAUUUAUUGAUAUUUCUGUAUUGUUCUACUCAAUUUUCCCCGAUCACAGUCUGUCACAUUUUUAAAUUAUACAACGGACAUCACAUUUUUAAAUUAUACAACGGACAUAUUCUGACAAUUUCAAAAAUUGCCUUUUGAUUGCAGUCGAUUUAUAUUUUGCAAUGGAAGUCUGUCCAAACAAAAGUUGAUUCAUAUUGAAGUCAUUUAUUUAAAUUUAGAAACCACGACGCGUCAAACCAAGAUAAUCUUUUUAAAGAUUGUAACGGCUUGAAACAUACUUUGUACGCAUUAUUUACUCCAUGAAGUACAUUUUCUUUUUUGUUAAAUGAACUUUCAUCCAGAGCAAAUUUACAUAUUUGCAUUACAGGUUUAUUUUCAUAUGAAUGUGGGUUCGUCACAGAUCUAUGACAGGUUGUUCUGUGCGGGCUUUUAGUUUGGCUUCAUUGGGUUUAUUAUAAAUAUACGUAUUAACUCCUUAAAAGGUAAAUUUAUCAAAUAAUCAUGGCAUUCGCGUUAUAUAUGCUCUGAUUUAAAACGAUUCAGAAUUCCGACCAGCAGGAUUGGAACCAAGCAUCUGAGCGGUGAACCAUGCUAAAUCAAAACGAAAACCACAAAAAGGCCUUGUUUUUGUUCAUUCUUACAUGCUCACACAAUCAUGAUGAAAAAAAAAUUAUACUGAACUUCAUUCAUCCCACUGGCAUCAAGUGGCUGCAUGACGUCAUAAUGUUCUUUCACCGGUUCACGCGUCAACCUUUGUUUGUCGCAGAAUUUACAACACAUGACUUCCUUUUUUGUUUAUCCGACAAAAAUGUGAGCCAAGGUUGAAAGCAAUAUCUUUCAUAAAAAAAUUACAUUAAGACUUUCUAUAACAUAAAGCCACCAUUUUCAUGAUACAAUUUAAAUAUACAUGUAUUUAUGUUUUUAAGGCAAAGUGAAGUGUUGUUGUUUGUUUCUCACUAUAUGUUUUAUAUAGUUUCGCAUUUUGCAUUAGCAUUAUAUGUCAGUUUGAAAAUUGCGUCUGCUGUGUAUAUCCUUUCCGCAGCCUUAACGUACUAAAACGUAUUAGCGUCUGAUGGUCCUUUCACGCUUCCGUAGAAACAACAUUUAUUACAAAAAAGAAAACGCAUUCAAAUGUGGUAGUAAUCAAUUAAAAACGUGUUGAAAAGUGCAGAAUUUUGACGUGCUCCGGGUAUGCCGAUGCGCGUUGCUAUGGACACUGAUAUUUCAGCGAAUAAUAUAAAAUGCAUUUAUAUUUCAACUUCACGCUUACUAGAAAAUGUUAAUCAAAGUUUAUUUUAAGUUUCAUAGUAAUGCGACAAAUAAUAAGGACGUUAUACGGACAGUAUACGAACUUCCCGAUCACCCCUCGUAUAUGAUGUUUAACAGAACCUUUCACAUUUAUAAAAUUUUGAAAAUGUUUUACAUAUGUUUCAAGCCCAUAAAACAAAGCUUAUGUUCGUGAAUAUUGCAAUGAAAAAGUAUUUCCGUUGAGACUGUCUAGCUUUGAUAGAAGCAUACCAGCGUCUAUUAGGGUCUGAAAGUGCAAUAUGGAAAACCAAGAGCAACAAACGGAUAAAAAGAAUUCUUGACAAUGUGAUUAAAUUUCUAUCCAAAUCAUACAGCAUGUCUAACUCAACUUGAGGGUUUUAUUCCCUCUGUUUAAGAGGGUAUAUAACAAGUAAAACUACAAACAAAAUAUUUCUUAAAUUGGUACAGUCUGUUGCAGUGAUCUCUGCAAUAUGUAGAUAGAUUCUAUUUUGGGUAUAACUUCUUUUGAACCUUCAAAAAACAGAGUUGAAAAUUCACGAAUAUUUUUGUAAAUAGAUUUUUAUAUACAAUACAAAAUAGCACUGCAAAGAAUGGUUAGUUUUGUCUUGUUUGAUAGAUCUAGUUCUCAGCAAGUUACACACAAAAGCAAAACUAUCUGUCUAUUAGUAUUUUAUUUAUUUAUAAAAAAAUUACAUGAUGAUAUUUCUGUGUCAAAAUUUGUGUAAAUAUUCUGUUACUGCUUAACUUAAAAAUAAACACAGAUUCUUGCUGUAUUUAUUGUAUUUUAUGCUUUGGUGGACAACUGCUAUAUUUUUUUCUCCAUUUUUCAAGUUUGCCGGUUUCCCUUUACUGUUAGUAUCGCAAUGUUUUCACCGCAACCUACCAUCUUAAUUGUGGAAACCUGACAAAUACAUGUAGUUUGAGUAUUCAGGAUAAUUAUAUGAAAAUCUAUCUAUUAAAGAAAAACUACCAUAUGUUUUUAA